AUGAAGCAUCAGCGUUACUUGAUAAUUGAUGAUUUCCACGACACCGGUAUUUGCGGUCCCCUUUCUGAACUAGCGAAACAAUAUGCUUGUGCACUCUAUAUCACCGACAAUCUCCAGGACCCCAAACUCCCAACUGAUCAGCCACCAAAACAAGGACGGAAUAGGACAAAGUCUAAUAAACGUAGAAAUACAUCACAUGCUCGACAUCAAGCUCCCAGAUCCAGAACGUGCAGUUGUCCUGAGCAUCUUUCUGCUUCUGACAUGAGUGAAGCAGAUGACAGUGACAACGAACCUUACCCUACUAGACAUCAUAGAGUCCACAAAACGCCAUCGAUCGACUCUUCAACGGAUUCUCAAACGUCGUCAACACACAACUCUGCGUCUCAGACACCUUUGCCUGACUGUACUCCGCCUCGUUCAGUACUCGAAACAUUGAUUCACAAACUCUCCAAAGUUAAUGAAAUUCCGGGUAUCACAUCUCCAAACGCAUCGCGUACCGAAUUGUUGAUGUUUUUAAAAACUUUCAUUGAGAAAAUUCUUGUGUCGCAACAAACUCCGGAUGUUAGGAAUGUUGAGAGUCCAAUCAAUCCGGCAGUGGAAAUUCAAACACCAAAUGAAUCGAGUGCCGAGAUACUGGAUAAUGCUACAGAUUGUUCACGUUCAGAACAAACUUUCUUGGUUGAGGAACCAGUGCCUGACGAUACAACACAGAAUGUCACAAAAAAGGACAAACUGGAUGAACCGAUGCACCAUGUAGUGGUUCAGAGCUCUACGGAUUCUAAUGAAGAGAUCAACGACACUGAAUUCGUAGCAGAAACAACCGAUCAGGUACUGAGCGAAUCUCAAGUUCAGGAAUCUAUGGAUGUAACCAAACUUCAAAACUCUGUUGCACCGGAUGUUGUUGUCGAAACUGACAUUGUUCAAAUGGAGUCAGAUGACACAACACUUGCCUCUAACUCUUCAGAAAUUCACCUGGCCAGUAGAAGAGAUCCAACGGGAGAAGUCAAUGAAAGUCAGAAACUUCUUUCUGAAUCAAAUAGUCAGAAAUUUCCAAGUCCAGUUCAAAUCGGAGUCAGUUCACAAAGUUCCCAGCAUUCCAUUAACCCUGUCAUCCCACUAUUAGCUCCAAAUCCGCCACCGCCUCAUACUUUCUUUCAUCUGCCAGGUGCUCCGCCAAACCAGCCAAUACUUCAACAAGAAGGACAGUUUAAAUUUCCUCAGAAUCUGAUUUACCAACCGACUCUAAUGUUCCUUCAACACCAACAGAAUAUGAUAAACGCGCAGUUGAUGAUGCACCAUAAACCAAUGAUUGCUCAACAUCCUCCGAACCUGAUGAACUGGAAUCUGAUUGAACCUGUCCGUGGCCCAACACUAUCGUUGAACAGUAAUGCAUCUUUGAGUUCACCGAUAUCGCAGAGAGUAGGAGGACAGAACCUAAAUCAACUCCAUCAUUAUUCUCCUGUCGUCACAUCUCCCUCUCAUCAUUUCGGAUCGGAAGUCAAUUCGAAUAUGUUUCUAGUUCAUCAAAAAAAUCGAGAUGGAGUUUUGAAGGCGCCCGACAAUGACUCUUCCAAAGAAUCCGGGUAUAAACCAGCAACAGGUUCAACAGCUGCUCCUCAACAUGUGUUUCCUGCCACUGGACCAAUUUCUACGGUCAUACCAGCUGAUAUUCAGUCGCCCAUAGGAAAAUCUGGUAGCAAAAGUAAAAAACGGAAACUGCCAGAAAUUGAGUGCCACCCAGUGGUCAAGCCCCAAAUGCCCCAUAUGAUUAACAUAGGCGCCGGCAUAUCGGAUGAUAGCGAAUUAAUUGAACUACAAAAUAAAGCGAUUCGCGAUAAUUUGCCUACAUAUCCGCCGGGGCUAUAUCAGCUCGGGAGACCAUUCAAAAAUGGUCGGGUACGUCUUUAUCGGAAAGACAGUUUUGAGAGAGGAAUUGAACUGAUUCCACCAACGCAGUCAGAUGACGAAAGAAUAUACCGUCAGCUUUUCACAGAAGGUCAAGUACUUCUCUCGAAUCUCAGUCAUCGACCUGAUAGGAAGUUCGGUGAAAAAGAGAUUCAUCCUUCUAUUCGUGAGAAGAUGAAACAACCAACCGGCCAGACUGUCACUGCAAUGCACCCGAAACUACAUCAUCACGGUGUUCAGAACCUUCAUCCUCGUCGGAGGCUGAACGAAACAGUUCAGACGCUGCAACAAGAUGACAACGAGCAGCAUAAAGCGAAAGUCGCUCGGCUGAAUCAGAAUAUGAAGCCAGUGACGGAAAGUGUAUUGGUGGCUGUGUACAAUACUUCUCCAUUCCGAGGUCAAAUCGUUGGAUAUCGUCAAAUUGCUGCUGCCUCCUUAGAUGAGCUUCGGAAGAAGGAGAAACUCGUGCCUUUCACCAGGGUUUCGGAUUAUCAAAAUAGAAGUAAUGCGAAUGUGGAGUUAAUCGAUCUCACUGGCGACGAAGAGGAGGAAAUUUCAGUUGGAAUUGACACCUCGCUUCAAAAUGUUUCUAUUUCGAGUGGUAGCCAAAACUCUGUUGGAAAAGCCAAUUCGGGAUCGACAGAGCCGAGACAUCAGAAUGUUUGUGAGCAGAAAGAUAAAUCGAUGCGCGUCGAUCAACAUCAUCCAACCAAACAAUUUAUCCCCCCGGACUACAAUAAAUAUGAUGUCACCAAAACACCGCGGGCGAGAGUCUUGAAUAUUACACCAACGAAUCCGUAUCCACUAAUACCCCAUGUUAAAAGGACCAAACACAAGCAUACUAAAAUUCAAUUGAAACAUCUGAAUUCAAUCUAUGAGAUGUACAAGCAGCAUAAAAUCAUCGAAAAUGAUUAUGCAAAACUGGGUCAGCCAAUCGGGCUGGCCGGCUUCCAGGUGAAACAGUACAUUAACAAUCAGAAAGCUGCUGAUAGAAGAAAAGAAAGGAAAACCCAAAAAGUUGAAGAAUCAAAGAAUUCGUAUGGAUUCAAUGACAAUAAUCAGCAAUGA